AUGGAAAUUCUCAAAAAUAAUUUCCAUGAAUGCUUUCCCUUGAUUCAAGAAGCUAUUGAAGGAGCCGAUUUUAUAGCAAUUGACACAGAGUUGACUGGCUUGAGCGAACGCAUUGAAAGAAUAAAGUCCUUUGAUGAUCCGCAGUUAAGAUAUACCAAAGUUCGAACUGCCGCGACAAAAUUUCUUACCAUUCAAUUCGGGAUAUGUACUUUUACAUAUUCGGAAACGGAGGAUACAUUUAUAGCGAGACCAUUUAACUUUUAUAUAUUUCCUGCAAAUUCCGAUAGGAGGGAUUAUCAUGAUACCUGUUUUAUGUGUAGUGGGUCAAGUCUACAUUUUUUAUCAAAAUGUGGAUUUGAUUUCAAUAAAUUAAUUGCACAAGGAAUACCAUUUCUUAAUAAAACAGAUGAGGAAAAACUCACACAGAGAAGAGCCGACAUCGCUCAAAGGCAGCUUGACAAUCCGCCAGAUGAUGAUACUAAAGCUUUCGUUGAUAAAAUUAUGACAUCUAUCAACACAUGGCUUUACGAAACAGACAAAGAACAAUUAACGGUGGAGACUUUUACCAUGAGACAGAAGCGGUUGAUCUUUCAGGAAUAUAGGCAAAGGUUCAAAGAUGUUGCGUCGGCAGAGAGCAAAACGAAAAGUAUCUUAUUCUCACGAAUGACGAAGGAACAAAAAGAAAAGAAAUCAAUAGAUGAUGCUGCCGAAGCUCUAUCUGCUAGCUUAAAUUUCCGUAGUAUUAUUGAACUAUUAAUAAAUUCCAAAAAACCUAUUGUCGGUCAUAAUUGCUUGUUAGAUAUAUGUCAAUUGAUACAUCAAUUCUGGGAAGAUCUACCAGAAAAAUUAAAAGAAUGGAAAAAUCUCGUACAUGAUUUGUUUGAAAUCGUUAUUGAUACCAAACAUUUGGCAGCAAGCCAUCGAAAGCUGCAGGAAUUGUUACCAAAAAAUGGAGUUCAGGAUAUUUUACAAACUGUUCAGGCACCACCCUUUGACGAAGCGCCGAAAGUUGUCCUGGACCCAAGAUUCAAGCUUUACACUUUUAAUGAUGAAUCACAAAAUCACGAGGCCGGUUAUGAUGCUUACGUUACCGGAUACAACUUUAUAAGAUUAGCAGUAUACAUUUUAAAUGUAAAAGUGGAAAAUAUAGAUUAUUACGCUAAUUUUUAUGAAGCUUUGAUGGAAAGCUCUGAUGUUCCAAUGGAACAGGAACGGGAAGAUGUGGAUAAAGACACGCAUUUGGUCACAGAGCUAUUUAAGAACGAGAAAGUAACCCGUUUUUAUAAUAAAUUACAUUUGUUAAGAUCUGAUUUCAAAUAUUUAUGUCUUGAUGGUGAAGAUGGAAAUCCACCUGCUAGACCAAAUGGAUUUUUAUUAUCAAAUAUUCCCACUUCUUGUUCACAACAGAUUCUUUAUACUAUAUUUGGUGAGUUUGGUAAUAUAUUCUUUCAAUGGGUUGAUGAUACCCAUUGUUGGCUAACAGUGAAAGACGACAAGAAAGCCAGCAAAGUCCCUGAGGGAUUAUUACGUAAAACAAAGUUAUUUUCAUCAUAUAUGGUAGGUGGGAAAAGGCAUCAAGUAGCUCAAGAAAAGAACAUAACGCAAGAAAUUGGUGAUAUCAACAUCCAAUCUUGGAAUGAUUGGAUAAAUGCAAUACUGGAUGCUAAUUUAGAGGAUAACAAAGAUCCUGAGGAACAAAGCCCAGUUGAUGACGAAUCGAUAGUUAACGGUAUAAAUGGUAACAUAAUUGAAGAUAUAGAAUUUGAAUUUAAAAACAAAUACGAAAUGCCUAGAGACUAUAGCAAUGGUUGGGAAUUAAAUUCUGGUAAAAUUGAAGAUAUGGAGAACACACAGGGUAAUCAGGGUGAUUGGAGCAUUUCCCCAGUAAAUGAUUCGGAUAUAUUAACUUUAAGUACUAAGCGUACUUUGUCGCCACAAAUUUCAGCAAAUGACGAUUGUAGCGAUGAUACUAGUACUAGUAGUACGGCCAAGAAGACCAAACUUGG